AUGCACAAAUGUGUUGAUAUAGAUAGCUUGAAAGAUGAUAUCAUAACUAACAACAGUUUAGUGAGUAUUUUAAACUCAAAAGAUGAUAGAAGCUAUAGUAGUGAAGCAUAUCAAAAUAAUUAUGAAAAGUCGAAUAUAAAAAAUGGUAUACAGUACAUUGAAAAUAAGUAUUUGAAUGAAUUCAAUAUACCAAAAAGAUAUGGAGAUGACAAAUAUAUCCAUUAUUCUGGUAGGAUGCAUAAGGAAAAAACCAACAAUUUUGAUUGGAACAAAAAUAAAAUUGAUGUACAGCCAAAUAGUAAUUACGACUAUAAUCACAACAAAUCAAUACCAGAAUAUUCAUAUCAAAAUAAACUCAUGGAUUAUGAAAAAAGUUCAAGUUAUAACAUAAAUAGACAUUUUGAUGAAAUAAAUGAUGUUAUAUUACCAAAAAAACAUAUUAAAAAUGAAUAUAAAUAUAAUAAAGACAUUGAAGAAGAUAUUAGUGAAGCUAAUGAUCUAAUUAUUAAUAUGAUAAAUAAUCAUUAUAAAAAUUUAAUUAAAAACACAAAUAAAGGAAUCAAAAACAUAGCAAAUGAUUAUGAUAGAAUAUUCCAAAAAAUUAAUGAUGAUGAUGAUGAUGAUAUUAGUAGUUCCACUCCAUCUAGCAAAAAUAAUAAUUUAGAAAACAACAACAAAAAACAAAAUAAUGCAUAUGACAAUAACCAUAUAAAUAGCAAUAGUUCAAUUCUCCAUAUUCGAGAUUAUUACACCAGUAAUCAAGCUGACAAUUAUAAGGGAAAUUAUUUUGACAUUGUCGGCUGCUAUGAUAUUGACGAUUGUUAUGAAAGUGCCAAUCCAUAUAAUAACAAUAAUCAUAAUAACAGCAUAUCAAACAGAGAAUAUCCAGUGUAUAAGGGGAGUGUGUCAAAUAAAAAUGACGAUUAUAUUAAGGAAAGCGAAACUAAAAUAAUAUUACGAGACAAAGAUGAACUAUGUUUAGAUAAUGGUGAAAAUAAAGACAAUUAUAAUUUUAGCAAUACCAACAUUAAUAGAGAAACUAUAACUAAUUCUAAUCGAAAUAAAAUAUAUAACGUUUUUAAUAACAUGAAUAUUAAUAAAAGUAAUCAUAUGAAUCGAGGUAUUUUAACCUUUCUAGAAAAUAAAAGAAAAAACAAAUAUUCAUAUGACAGCAAAGGUAUAAAAAAUGAUAAAAUCGAGGAUAAUACUAAUGAGGAUAAAGUUGGCAAUAUUAGUAAUAUUGGUAGUGCCAGGAACCCAUCUAACUAUAUCAAUAACACCACCUUGAAUAAUAAUAAAAAUUACAAUCAUAAUAUAAAACAUUCAUUUGACGAAGAUUCUUAUUAUAGAGAUAUUAUGGAAAAACAAUCAAUGCAUAACAAUGAAAAUAAAAAGGGAAGUGGGAUAUCAGAAUAUAGUUUUAAUGAUAUUUAUUAUAAAGAUAAACGGAGUGAAAAAGAUUUAACAGAAAAAUUCAAAAAUAAAUCAAAUGGUAAUUCUUGUGAAAAUUUAAAAUUUUUAGAUAACGAAGAUUAUAAAAAUAAUACUUAUAUAAAUUUAUUGAAUGAAGAAAUAAAAUUUAAUCAAACACAAUUAAAUAUAUCUAAAAAGGAUAGCAAUUUAAAAAUGAAAGAAAAUAACCCAUUUAAUUUGUGCUAUUAUGUAAAAAAAAACCAUAUCGAAAUAGCCCAUGAUGAUGAUCAACCUAAUUCACCAGUUAAUUAUGCGAAUUCAAUGCGCACCGACAAUUUUGAUAAUCAUCAUAACAUCACCAAUUACAUAAAUAAUAAUCAUAAUAACAUGGAAAACUAUAUAAACAACUGUGUAGAUGAUAAGAAUGGUAACUUCGACGGAAAAAAUGUAAAUUUUUCAAAUGUUAAUGGAAAAUCAGACAUAUCAAUGAGAUUUUCAAAUACACUUAAGGUUGAACCGGAAAUACAAAACAUACAAAAUGGUAAUUAUAAUACAUACUCAGUAAAUAAAUUAAAACUAGAAUCAAUUAACCAAUAUCAAAAUAUGUAUAUUAAUAAUAAAAAUACGAUGAGAAAUAAUGAAAAUUGCUAUAAAAAAGGAAUAAUAAACGAAGAACAUUAUCGCCCACCCGUUAUUCUUAAAGGAAUACCUUCUUCGGCAGUCGAACACAAUGAAAAGAAAAAGGGAAAAAGAAAUGAAAUAGGAAACGGAAACGAUAAUAAGGAAAAGCGUGAAGAUUUUGAAAAUCUGGAAAAAAUACAAAUAGGUGAAGAAUUACCAAAUGAUAUUAAUUCUUCGUAUUAUGCUACAUCAUCUGAUACUUCGACCAAUUAUUUGUCAGGUUCAAAAAAUAAAUUAAAAGAUCUUCAUAAUUGCAAAAAUAUGAAGAAUAUAAACUGUGAUAAUAAACGUAUUUUAAGAAAUAAAAACAGUAACACCGAAAAUAUGUUUUCACGUAACAAUUCUAUUAACGAUAGUUAUUCACAAAAUAUGAAAAUAAAAAAAACACAUUUAAAACCAUGCAUUGAUGAAUACAUAACUUCUAAGGAUCCUCAUAACCUUAGAAAUAUUUGCAAUAAUAAAGAUAAUGAAAGUAAUAAUUUUAAUGAAAAUUAUGUUAAAUCGACGAAAAAAAAAUAUAACCUUAAUAGCGAUUCUUGUUGCAAUGACAAUAGUAGUAACGAAUCAUAUUCUGAAAAAAGUAAAAAUAGCAAUUACUUUAAUGAUACUGAUAAUCAUACCCAUAAAUAUUCGAAGAUACGUACUGAUCAAAAAUUACAAAAUAUGCAUAGUAACAACACUAGUAAUUAUAGUGAUGAAAAAAAAAAGAAUAAAGACAAAUGUCAAAAAAAUAAAAAUAAAAUUAUAAAACAAGAAAAUCAAAGAAAUGAUCACGUUAAAAUUGUAGGUAUAAACCAAAACACCGAAAACUUAAUUAACAUUGAUAAAGGAAAUUAUCCCACCGACAUAAAUCGAAAAAAAAAUAGAGAAAAGCAAAAUACGAAACAAUCUAGCGAAAAAACACACACUGAAAAUAAAAGAGAAAUAAAUAUAGGCGAAUAUCAUGAAGACCAAACUGAAAAUAUGAACGAAAAUUGCCAUAAUGAUAUUAAAUAUUUGAUGAAAAUACACAACAAUAAUCAAAAUGUUUUAGUACAAAAUUAUAAAAAUUUAAAUAAAGUUAAUGGUAGAAAUCAUACGGAUAAUGAUAAUAAUAAUUCAACAAAAUAUCCUGGAAUAAAACAUGAUCGAACAAAUUAUGAAAAUAUCAGAAAUUGCAUAAAUGAAAAUGAUGAUGACUUGAACAAUCAUAGAAAUGAAGAAGACAAUGCUAUUGAUAACUCUGACGAUAGUAAUGACAUAGAUUGUGUACAUAUGGAUGGGAAUACCAAUCAUAUUAUUAAUCGUAUAAAUAAUAAUAAAACUGCGAAGAAUAUGAAGCAGUACCACAUCAGUUAUGAAAACAACUGCAACAACAAAAAAAUACCACUAAUUAAUAAUAAAAAAAUGGAUGUGUUAGAAAUCCAUGAACAAUUCGGCGAAGAUAAUAAUAAAAUUAAAAAAAAUAAAAGAAAAGAAUGCAAAACUGAUAAACAUAAAGUGAGCCUUUUUGACAAUAUUGUUAAAAAUAAAAGCUCAAAGUUUAUAAAUAUUUUGAAUACGAGUUGUAAUAUGAGAAAUGCAGACAAAACCCUUAAUUAUAAUUAUUCUAUGGAUGAUAUUAAAUAUAUCAAAUUAAAUAUUGCAAAAGAACAAAAACAUACAUAUUCAAAUACAUGUUCUGAAAGUAAUGAAGAUGAAAAUCAUAAUUGUACAAAUCAAAACCAAAUAAACAAAAUUCAUAACCAAUCCGAAAAAAAAAAAUAUUCUGAUAUAUACGAAAAUUAUAACUUAAUUAAUAAUAACUCUAAAUAUAAUGAUGAACAAAAUUUAGAUUGUUAUUCUUCCUCUUUUAAUGGUAACGAAAAAUCGAAACAAAAAAAGACCCAUGAUGUAAUAAAUCCGAAAAACACAAAACUAAAUAAAGACCAAUUAAAUGAAAAUAUAAAAAAUAAUAUAUCCCGAACAUACCCUAUUUGCGAAGCAUUUUAUGGUAAUUCCAAUGUACAUAAAAAUGGAAUGAACACAAGAAACAAAAUUUCGAAAAUAAAAAAUGAUACAAAUUGUGGAAGUAGCAAUAGUGCAUAUGAUAAUAAUAAUGAAGAUGAUAAUAUAUCUAUUCAAAAUGAAACAUAUAUUAUGACUAAUUUAAAAAAUGGAAAAACUAAAAAUAAGGAGAAAAUUCAACUAAUCAAUUUAGAUCAAUUUGUUAAGAAAAAAAAUGAAGAAAUAAAAACGAAUUUUACACAAAAUAUUGUACAUGGGGAGAAAAAUAAAAAUAAUGCCCAUAGUAAUGUUGCUGUUUCAAUUUAUAACGAAAAUCUGGAAAAUAAAAAAUUGUCUGAUGAUCAUAUUGAAGAUUAUAAAAAACAUAAAAAAAGAAAUGAACACAACAAUACACAAGCGCACCUUUUUGAAAAUAACCCUUUUUAUUUAUAUUAUAAUAAAAGAAGUGAAACUACAAAUACGGAGGCAAAAAUUCAAAAAACAUGUCCUAAUGAAAAUAAAGACAAUGAUGAAAAUGAUACAAUCCCGUCUAAUAGCUCAAAUAUAGAUGGAGGAAAAAAUUCAUUCUAUAAUUUGCUUUGUAAAAAAAAUAAAUUAAGAAAGGAUCAAAAGUAUAAUGAUGAUCAAAUUGAUGCAAUGAUAAAGAACCCAAAACAAGAAAUUUAUACAAAUAACAAUGAUAUUUCGAAUGAUCAUAUAAAUGAACGAAAUAGUAAUUAUAUGAACGAUCUUAAUGAAAUUGGAUUUUUAGCUCAAAAAAUUAUGGCCACUUAUUCAUGUAAUGAUAAUUUAAAAUCGAUUUUUCAACUAUUACGUUCUGAAAUUGAGAAAACUAAAAAAGAAAUCGAAUAUUUUUCUAAAGAUCAAAAGCCUAUAACUUUUAAUAAUCUUGUAAGUAAUAAUAUUAAUCAUACAUCCAAUAAAAUUAGUGAUAUGAAUAAAGAAUCAUUGAAGGAAUAUAAAUAUGACCAAGAUAAUUCUAAAAACAUUCAUAAUAUACCAAAGGAUACAUCUAAUGAUUUAAUACAUAUAAAGGAAAAACAAAAUAUACAAAAUGGAAAUGAUGAUUACAUAAAAGCAGAUAAUAUCAAUUUAGUACGUAAUGAUUCUGAAAAAUCUUUAAAGGACAAUGUUUGCAAAUUUAUCGAUAAGAGUGACAACUUCAUGGAACAUAAUGAUAAACAUGAACAUUACUAUCAAAUCAUCAAAUCAACACAUAAUGGUUUAUAUAAAAACAAAGGUUUCAUAAGCAGUAGUGGUAGGAGAACUAGCAUAAGUAAACGAAGAAUGAGGAAUACUAGCACCCAUAAAGAUAAUAUUGAUUGUAAUGAUGCUUUUAAUAUGAGCAUUUGUAUGCUAAAGCGAGUAAAAUCUGGCACGCCAUAUAAAUGGCAAAUUAAAAAAAAAAAAGGAAAUAAUGACACUAAAGAACAUAUAAUACCCCAAAUGAACACAUUUAUAUUGAAACAAAAUAAUAAUCUUUAUAAAUUUAAAUUAAAUAAUAAUUUUUUAAUAUAUGAUAGUAUACUAUUAAAAAAUAAAAAAAACGGAUAUCUUUUUAAUUUUAAUGCUUUAUACAAAACCUUAUUCUUUAAAGAACCUCGUAACGAGGAAAAAGUUGAAUAUAAUAAAAGUUUGACAUAUAAAAAUAAUAUGAUAGCAUAUAAUAAUCAAGAUACAAUAAAAAAUAGUCAACAUAUUAACCACCCAAAUAAUACCCUUGAUAAAGAGUCAUGUAGGGAAACAGAUAAUGAUACACCCAUUAAUUUAAAUGAUUUAUUUAUUUCAGAUAAUGAGUAA